UCUAGUGCAUGUGUUAUCGAUGACAUCUCGCACAUGCACGUAAUAGCAGAAUAAACUUCAAUUGAUAUAGGAAUGAUCUGUUAAAAAAUAAUAACAUUUUAAUAAUGUCUAUUGUCGAUGCACAGCAAUUGAAAGCGAUUAUACAUGAGGAAAAUUGGGAUCAACUGUUGGAACUUGUCAAACCAAAGUACUUUGUCAAGCAAGAGGCAAGGGAACCACCUAAUACGGCUAUUUUAGCACAGAUAUGUCAGAUACUUAUUACUGAAACCAGCCCUAAUAUGGUCAAAAUAUUGUGUUUAAAAUGUUUGGGAAACUCUUGUCUCGAUAGCUAUAAAUACAGACAGUAUACAUUAGAAAAUAGAGAAUCUGAUAAAUAUAACAAAUACUUGUAUGAUAAACUAGCUGAAAAUAAUGUAUAUGAAUAUGAAAAGGAUUGUGAUUAUCCAUACAGUUCUCAUUUUCCUUACGAUGGAAUCAUAAAGUGGACCAUAAAUUAUAUUAGUGCACAUGAUGAAUAUGUAAGCUGUUUGACUGAUAAUGAACUAGAUAUCUUUAGGCUCAGUAUACAAUUUUUAUGUAAUUUAUUUACAUAUGCAUGUAAGAAUGCAACUACUGUGGAGAAUGAGGAUGUUCUAGCAUAUUUAAAUCAUAAUAAUUUGAAACAAGCUAUAAUGAAUAGCAUUCAGUCUGAUCACAAGCUUCUUGCCAAUGCAGCUUGCAUAUUUGUACAUAAUGCAGUAAAACAAUUACAAGAAAAUUAUUUCACAGAUGAUGAAAAGAAUCAUCUGUGUUCCCAAUUGUUAAAACCAAUCAAAGAAGGUUUUACAUCUGCAAAAGAUGCAUUAUUAUACAUAUUACAUUACCCUAAUGUAUUUGAAACUACAUACAAUAACAUGGCUGUGAAUGAGAAAUUAGAUCUACUUGAAAUAAUUUAUGAUGAACUCUGGCAAUCCACGCAUCAAACUGUGUCGACGCUCACAAAUGAUGCAGCUGAAUUUCUAGCAUUAACAUUUUGUAAGAAAAGUGAUCUUAUUUUAAAAACUGUAGACACGUAUGUAGACAGUAUAGAUCCUACAGAAAUAAUUCUUAUCCUCAACAUCUUGGGAUCCCUUACACUAAUGCCAUACAAGAUUUCAAAAAAUGCCAGGCCUUUGAUUAUUAAUUGUAAAUAUCUUUUAAUGUCCUUACACAUGAUGGGGAAAGAAUCGAACAAUUAUUUUACUCCGAUUACGAAUUUAAGUCAAGUGGCACCUAAUAUUCAAAGGAGAACAAUUCACGUAAAUUCAACGACAAAUGAUGCCAGUGUAACUGAACAAACUACAAAUCACGAUCCACAGGAUCAUCCUGUGUAUGGUUUUAAAUCAGGACUAAUAAAAGUUAUUGGAAACAUGGUGUACAGGAACAAGAUGUAUCAAGAUCUGUUUCGUGAAAUAGAUGGAAUUCCAUUACUUUUGGAUUGCUGUAACAUAGACGCGAGGAAUCCGCUUAUAUUGCAAUGGACCAUACUCGCUCUGCGAAACCUGUGCGAGGGAAAUCUCGAGAAUCAAGAGAUCAUAAGAAAUUGUAAAAAGGAAGGUGUGGCAGAAAACGCUGUGCUGCAAGAGAUAGGAUUGACUUUGCACGAGGACGCGGAUGGCCAGUCAGUCUGUAUCGCUCCUUUACGUCGCGAUUAGGAAAACUUACUAUCGCAGCGUGACUACGGCCGGCAGCCAAUAACCUGUUGUAAUUAUCAAACUAUUACUCGCGAUAGUAGCUUGUAUCGAUAAUAUCUCGGAUAAGAUACAAUGAUCAUUUUAUCGGUGUGUAUGAAUAAUUAUUAUUCGAGCUAGAUCUCCCGCGGCCGCAACUGGAAAUGUAUCCUGCUACACGCGCUCGCUGAAAAACGAUCCCACAAUUACAACACACGAUCUGUACCAUUAGGCGAAAUACGAUAUCGUAUUGCAUAGAGAUAUUUUAUCUACAUUCAUGGCCGAGUGAUUUACGAUAGAAUAAAAGCUGACGCGAGGAGUUUAUGGUCUAUUAGCAGUUGCUAAUAUAAGUACACUACUGGCCGCACUAUCGCUGCGAUCAUUCACAAUCGCAUUUCAAAGUGGGAUUUGUUUUCAUGAAACAAUAACCGUCUCCUAAAACAUCGGAUACGUACAAUGUGUGAUAAUGGAUUCCCUUUAAAAGGAGCGCUCUCCGAGAAAUCAAUAAAUAAAUGAGUAAUAAGCGGCUCUCCGGUAAACCGGCGUUACCCCUGUCCUCUUGUGAAACCGUGUAAUCAUGACACGCGUGUUCAAAUAAAUAAUUCCUUUAAUUAA